AACAGCGCGGUAAAGGGAGCGGCUUGUCAUCUCCUCUCUCUGUUUUCUCUUAGGCUUUCAUUAAGCUCCAGUCCGUAGGCAUGGGCACUGCGGACACGUCUUUAGAGCCUCGCCGGUACAAUGUCGGUCUUAGUUUCUUCCAGCCGUGAUUGCCCCUGGUGUGCACUUACACACCACAAACUGGUUGUGUUGAUCUCGCUUGGUUGUGCUGCCAACCCUCGGGGAGGGAGGUUGGGACAAAAGCAGAUGUGAACUCAGUAACCCAGCCCAGCCCAGCCCAGCAGUGAGUUGCAUACUGUCUUAUCCAAAUUCUUACUGAAAGAAAUUACCCCAAGAUUUGGGUUACCAAAAGGUUUGCAAGGCGUUAACUGACCUCUCUUCACAGGGACGUGACCCAGUGAGGUAAUGCCCCAGCUUUACACAUUACCUAUCUUCACUCCUCAUGGAGAUCUCAAUCUUCAUAUAACAUAGAAAGCCAGCCCAUGACAUCGGCAAAAUUCUUUCAGGGGACCUCAGAGUCCUGAGUUUCUCUCCUACUCAUAGCCCUUUUGCAUGUGAGGAUGGCUCUUUGCGAAGCGAACUUUAAAGCUUAGUCCAUUUGAAAUGACAUGGAAGGCCUUUUAACCUUAGACCUCCUGUCUGAUGAAGACACACAGAAUAUCAGCUUAGGCCGGGUUUAAAAGGCCCUUCAAGCAUAUGGAAAUGAAAUGUAACCUUCUCCCACAAGGAAAAGGAUUAACUUCCCCAUUCAACCAGGAGACUUAGUCUUUCUAAAAACUAAGAAAGAAGGAUCCCAAGAAUCAAUUACAACUAAAAUGAAAGGGCCCCUAUCAGGAAUUAUUAAGCACUUCUACUGCUGUUAAAUUUCAAAGUUUCUUAUCUUUCUUUUUUGGCUGGGAGGGAGGAAUGAAGGCUUGUUCUGUCACCCAGGCUGGAGUGCAGUGGCAUGAUCUCAGCUUGCUGUAAUCUCUGCCUCCUGGGUUGAGGCAAUUCUCCUGCCUCAGCCUCCUGAGUAGCUGGGAUUACAGGCAUGCACCACUAUCCCCAGUUCAUUUUUUUUUUUUUUUUUUUUUUUGUAUUUUUAGUAGAGAAGAGGUUUCCCCAUGUUGGCCAGGCUGGUCUUGAACUCCUGACCUCAUGCUCUGCCUGCCUCAGCCUCCCAAGGUGUUGGGAUUAAAGGUGUGAGCCAACAUGCCGAGCCUCAGAGUUUCUUAGGAGUCCUCCUGGAUGCCAGAGGAAGAUGCCAUGACCUACACUUGCAAACACCCAGAUGACUUAAAGCUAUUGUUUUGCAAAUGCACAGAGAAGUAUUAAUAAUCAGAUGCUGUGGAUGAGCAUGAAGGCCUCAGUUUUUCUCUGACUCCUAAUUAUGAUGUUUUCUAUCUUACUGCUUUGCGCUGCUGAUGGAAUUCAAUGAAGGCACCUCCACCAGCAGACAGGUGGUUUUUAUCCUUCCUAAGACUUGCAGACACUUGCUUUUUACCUGUCCUAGAACCUUUAAUAGGUAUCUUGUUAGGACCUAUCUUUGGUCCUUGCUUGUUGAACCUCCUUGUGAAGUUCGUGUCUUCUAGAUUACAACAAUUCCAUGUAAAGAUGAUGCUGGCACCGGCUUCCAACCCACUCCCUCUUCUGACCCAGCAAAUAAAGACAUGCUGCCUUUCGGCCGUUUAGAACAGGUUUCCGGAGACUCGACUUCUCCGAUGCUAGGCAGGGUCUGUGCCCAUAACAUCAGCAGGAAGCAGUUGCCAUGAGCCUCUGCCCUUCUGCAAGACCAUCUGUAAGAUGAAGGAGGAGCAUGUGAUCUCCACGGGGAAAUGAGGUAGGACGCCAGCAGGACUUAUUUUCCAGUCACAAUCCCACCGACAGAGCAGCAUCUGGUCAACGCUUGGUGCGGAGGAGACGCCUGCUGAAAGCAGCCUAUGAGGAUGAAAGUGACCUCUACUCACUCACCGCCUGGUGCGGAGACUAGAAGAGCGUAGGAAGCACGGACAGUGGGGAGGGCGCUGCGCUUCGGGCUACCCAAUGCGUGGACUAUCUGCCGCCGCUGCUCGUGCAGUAUGCUGAAGCUCCAGAACAGCUCAACGGAGUCGCCACACCACUGCUCGUGGUGGAUCGCAGCGCUGCCUUUCCUUAUGAAGAAGACACAAACUUGGAUUCUCACUUGCAUUUAUUUUCAACUGUUCCUAUUUAAUUUUUUCGUCAAAACUGGAGGGGUCUGCAGGAAUCGUGUGACUAAUAAUGUAAAAGACGUCACUAAAUUGGUGGCAAAUCUUCCGAAAGCGUAUAUGAUAACCCUCAAAUAUGUCCCCGGGAUGGAUGUUUUGCCAAGUCAUUGCUGGUUAAGUGAGAUGGUAGUACAGUUGUUAAGCAGCUUGACUGAUCUUCCGGACAAGUUUUCAAAUAUUUCUGAAGGCUUGAGUAAUUAUUCUAUCAUAGACAAACUUGUGAACACAUUGGAUGACCUUAUGGAGUGCGUGGAAGAAAACUCAUCUAAGGAUCUAAAAAAACCAUUCAAGAGCCCAGAACCCAGGCUCUUUACUCCUGAAGAAUUCUUUAGAAUUUUUAAUAGAUCUUCAGAUGCCUUUAAGGACGUUGUAGUGGCAUCUGAAACUAGUGAUUGUAUGGCUGCUUCAACAUUAAGUCCUGAGAAAGAGUCCAGAGUCAGUGCCACAAAACCAUUGAUGUUACCCUCUGUUGCAGCCAACUCCCUCAGGAAUGACAGCAGUAGCGGUAAUAGGAAGGCCAAAAAUCCCCCUGGAGAUUCCGGCCUAUACUGGGAAGCCAUGGCAUUGCCAGCCCUCUUUUCUCUUAUAAUUGGCUUUGCUUUUGGAGCCUUAUACUGGAAAAAGAGACAGCCAAGUCUUACAAGGACAGUUGAAAAUACACGAACUAAUGAAGAGGAUAAUGAGGUAAUUAUGCUGCAAGAGAAAGAAAGAGAAUUUCAAGAAGUGUAAUUGUGGCUUGUAUCGACACUGUUACUUUCGUACAUUGGCUGGUAACAGUUCAUGUUUGCUUCAUAAAUUAAGCAGCUUUAAACAAAUUCAAAUUCUGUCUGGAGUGACAGACCACAUCUUUAUCUGUUCUUGCUGCCUAUGACUUAUUUCUAUGGAUGAUUCUGAAAUUGGAACAGAAUGUUUUACUGUGAAACUGGCACUGAAUUAAUCAUCUAUAAGGAAGAACUUGCAUGGAGCAGGACUCUAUAGUACCUGCGGCUGAUGUUGGAAGAAAAGCACGUGUCUCAGACUGCAUGCACCAUUUGCAUGGCCCCAGAAAUGUCUAAAUACUGAAAAAAACACCUAGCUUUAUUCCCCAGCUACAAACUGCAGCCUUAGUUAUCCUGGUCACUGCAAGUAGAUUUCAGCCUGGAUAGUAGCGGUAACAAUUUUUCUCAAAGGGAUCUGGAAAAAAAAUGUGUAAAACUCAGUAGCAUCAGCCACUGUACAGUAUAGAAAGCAGUGGGAACUGUGAUUGGAGUUGGCAACAUGUCAGUUUAUAGUUACUGAUGAGUUAUAUGGGUCUGAUUUUGAUCUCUUCCUGAUGUAAACUAUGCUCACCCAUAUCCCGCCAAACACAUGUAAAUGGUUGCCUGGUUCCAUCCAUGUAGGGAGACAGUACUGAAUUACGUGUUGGCUGAGGGGAGACUCUCCAAAAGAGUCAUCGCAGGAAGAAGUUAAGAACACCGAGCAGCAGAGCACUUUGCUGAGGAGGACACUGGCACCCCUGGAAAAGUCUGCGUUUUCCCUUGACCGCUAUAGAGUGUAUAAAUUGUGUUUGCAAAAUAUGUUAUGACAUGUUUAUAUUCUACAACUAUUACAAAGCUAUGUAAAGGGACUUAGGAGAAAACGCUGAAUGUAAUAUGGUCCCAUUUUCAAUUUCCACCCCAGGAGAGAAUAAAAAUAAAUCAUGAUAUUUAGUAUCUAAGGUUAGAAAACCACACCCACAUGUUAAUAUGGGUGUUGAAAACUAGGUUACUUGGAAUGCAAGGAAUCGCGAAACUAGUUAUUUAUAGCAUAAUCACCAUUAUCUAUUUAAAGGAUCCAUUUAUUUAAAAUCAGGCACUAUAUAUUCACUAAGGUUUAUGAAUUAAAAAUUAAAAGAAAGCUUUAUGUAGUUAUGCAUGUCAGCGUGCUAUUUAAAAUGUGUGACAGUGUUUGUCAUAUUAAGAGUGAAUGUGGCAGGAAUUCCCAAGAUGGAUAUUGUGCUUUUAAACUAGAACUUGUAAGACACUAUGUGAAUAUCCCUUGCCAAUUUUUUUUAUAGUCAAGAAAACAUCUGACUAAAGUCAAUGAGUGAUUUCUCAUUGAUUAUGUUUACUUUGAUGAAGGUCCUUUUAACAUGUCUUGAAUGUACACACAAAGGAAUCCAAAGCUUUCCAUUCUAACUUAACCUUGGUGAUAAGUGUUGCCAUGUUCUACAACCGUGAGAUGACCGUUUUCAAUAUAGAGAUACAAAAGGGCAUGAAAAACUCAUUGCUAGCUUUGCUUUCAUUUCAAAAAUCCAAGAAUUUCUAAUAUAUUUGGAUUUUAGCUUCUGUUCAAAGCUAAUCCAGAUACAACUCCAGUAAGUGGCCCUUGCUCUUUUCUGUACCAAAGAGCCCAGAUGAUUCCUACAGUCCCUUUCUUCUCUAACAUGCUGUGGUUCCUUAAAUACGAAUAAUUUCUCUAAGAUAUAACCCAGGUGCUUUGAGAAACUUUAUUAUGGUGUUCACGCCCUCAGAUAUCCCAUGGAUACUUGAUUGUCAUAAAACCAGACAUCAAUUUAAUUGCUGAUAGGUCCAUCUCAGUGUGUGGCAUUGAAUUGUUUUCAGGAAAAUAGAUAUAGAUUACUAUGAGUUAUGUGUAUAGGUUGUGUGUAGAUUGAGAAUAGUAGAUACUUCUCAAUCUAGUAGUUUGAUUUAUUUAACCAGUGGUUUCAGUUUGCUUGAGCAUAUGAAAAUGCUGCUUAGUGUGCUUGAGAGUAUAAUAAAUGUACUUUUGUCCUCAAACCUAGUAGCUUGGUUUUAACACUCAAGGACAUGGUCUUAAUCAAUAGAGUUAAAUAAACAAAUUAAGCAAAUUAUUAAAUCUGACAUGGUAGGAGAGGAAAGAUGUGUUCUACCUAUUAAAUGUUUUGGUCCAUUGAAAGUUACAUGGAUUGCCGAUUUUUAAAACACUAAAGUUUAAUAAAAUGCAUGAACAAUAGAAAAAUGAUGAACACUAUUUUGGAUGCUAGCUGCUUGGACAUUAACUGUGUCAUUUCUGCUUUGAGAAAAAAUAGGAAUUUAUCUUUGCUUAUUAAAAAAAAGUGACCUCUAGUUGCCCUCACUGCCAUUUGCACGAAGACACUCCCACUGAGACCAUGGCCAGUUUAGAAAUGCCAUGGCAACACACCUUGGCAAUAGCCUGGGAGUUACUUUAUAUUUGGAAAGUCCCUGUCCCUUUUCUAGAAAGUUCUGAAUAACCUACCUCUUAAUUGGCAUAUAAUUAAAAGUGCAUGUAAAUACAACUAGCUAGUAGCCCACAGGCACCAGCCCUAUGGGGCUAACCCCUAGGCAGUGUGCCCAGGAAAGGAAACUACAGUUUGGAAGAAAUUUCCCAGGCCAAGAACCAGUUUGGGGACUUACCUGCUCUGCGUCACUAUCGCUGUUUCCUUGGGUUUCCCAGGAAUGCACCUGUGUGACGCUGCCCUGCUUAUGGAUGUUUCCUUGCAAGGAAACAGGAUAUCCUGCCUGCAGCUUCCAGAGUUGGAGAUACAUGUAGUUUCACUACUGAGCGCUAAUAUUAAUUUUGGAAUCAAGGGAUGUGUUCAGAAUGUUUGCUAUUAUUCUGUGGCAUACAUGUAGUGAACACACUCACGAUUGAGUUUCCUGCUUUUAGCUGGAGCAAGAAAGUUUGUAAUUGUGAUUUGUACCAAAAAAUCAUAGGCAAGAGAAUGUGUAUACAAUAAACUUUAUUGUCAGAGG